AUGUCUCAGGAUGAAGGGGAUGAUAUAAAUUUCAAUGAGCUCGUGGGAAACUUAUUGAGCACCCAUAACGCAAGCAACCGAAAUGAAGAAAAUGAUGACAAUAGUUCAAAUGUGCCAGAAAAUAGUUUCUUAAAACAAAACUUACCGCAAGAUGAAGAUACAAACCAUGUGGACCUCCCCGAUUUCAAUGUGGAGGGAGACGACGAUGCUUUAGCGGCAGUUGUAGCUAACGCCAUCGAAAAUAUGGAUCAAGAAGGGGCACCCUCUGAGGAUUUCUUUGAACAGGAGCAUGCUGGAAAUGUCUCAAAAGAACAAAUAGAAGAGCAUCAACAAGAAGACUGGGCUCGCAUCUUGGAACAGGGCCUUUUACAGGGUACAGAUACAGAUGCAAUCCCAGAUGGACAAAUCGAUGUUCCGCAGGAGCAGCUAGACCAAGACGAUGAGAAUCUGAGAAGGGCAAUUUUGGAAUCGCUACAAGAAUUAAAUGUCGAUAGUAAUGAUAAGGGAACAUCAGCAAAGAAAUCUUCAAAGAAAUCAUCAAAAAAGAAGAAGAAGGAUAAAACAAAGGAAAAGGAUCCGGAAAAGCAGAAAUCUGCAACUUCCAAGAAAAAGAAGCGCUCAAAAGACCACAAGAAGAGCAAACAUGCAAAAAGUGCAGAGAGCACGUCGAUUUCCGAAGAUGUUAUCAGAGGAUUUAUGCAGCGUGGAGCUGGCUCUUCGGAGGCAGAAAUUGAUCAACCAGCCGAUACUGAAGACGCUGAAACGCAUGCUUUAGUGGAGGCCACAUUGAAGGCAUUCGAACGUGAGCUUUUGGGAACGCCUACGAUCACCCCUGUAACCCAGCAACGAAAAACCGCUUCUAAAAAGAAAUCAGCGACAAAUGCCCCAUCUUCUACUAAAAAGAAAACUUCAAGUAAGAAAAAGCCCGAAAAAGCAGAAACUGUACGGAUAGACCCUACUUCUAGUACAACAUUAAUACAUCCGACUAUUAAUCAGCUCAGUGGACCUACCGAAGAGGAUAAAAAGAAGGACAACAAAAAGAAGAAGAAAAAGGCUGCGAAGGAUAUUUCAGAAUCCAACGAGGUUUAUGAGGAUGAUGAAUUUUCAAAGGCAUUAGCUGAAAUGGUCAAUCAAGUUGUUAAUACUUCCUUAACAGAGACAACCAAUCAACCAUCUGAAGCAGUUACAAAACAACAGAAGGAGUUUGUGGAACCACUCACGGUACCGGAGGAAAACAAAAAGAUCGAGAGGCGGAAAAGCAAUGAGGAUUCAUUCGAUUUGAAUCAAAUCAUGCAGAAGGCUAUGACGCUUGCUUUCCAGGAACAGCAUCAAGAAGGACUCGACAACUCAGUCAUGGAAGAUUUCAAUCGUGGCUUAGGUGAUUUUGGAGUGACUAAUGUGCUUGAUCCUACUUCCGUUGAAAUAAAAAAGAAGAAGUCAAGUAAAGCAUCAGCUAAAAAAACCCCUCCUAAAAAAAAGAAGAUCGGCAAAUCAUCUACGAGUAUUGAAGCUUCUGGCUUGCGAGAAGAACCCUUCAGGAAAGUGAAACCGGCAAAGCCCAAACGAGAAAAAAUUCUGCCUUCACGAGAUGAGCUCUUUAAAAAGAAGUAUCAUCAAGCUGCCAGGGCAGCUGCUUCCGCAGCCAGAAAGCUCAUAACGGAAAGAAACAAAGCCAGUAAAGCAUCACUUCGGAUGGAGCGCAAAGUGGCCCGUGAAGAAAAGAGACGAAAGAAGAAGCAGGAGGAAGAAGAACUUGCAAGAGAAAGAAAAGAACUGAAGGAUAUAGUAGCUAAAGGGCCACCAUAUCCUCCAGACUUGAGACUUACAAAAAGUGGAAAACCGAAGAAGCCGUACAGAAGAUGGACUAAAGAAGAGAUGGACAAAAGGGCAGCUGUACCAGCUGAUAAUCUUAAUCGAAUAAAAAAAGAGAAAAAGGUCAAAAAGAAAAAAUCUAAAAAGUUAAAAAGAGUUCCUUUAUCUACAUUGAAGAAAAUACCUCUUUUCAAUUUCGUUAAAGGCAAUGUUCCAUCAGAUAUACGACAAAAGUUGAAUGGAAUCGAUGAAAGCUUAAAAAAGAUUCCUCUACAAAAUUACAAGCUGGAUAUAAACAGGUUAGCGCCACCUGAGAAAGUUAGUAAAGAAGAAAUGGAACGUUUUGAUGCAAUCAAGGAGGAUUUUGACGCAGCUAUAAAGUUAAAAAAGUCCUUUGCAUUGGCUUCUUUCGAUAUAACACGUAAGACAGUUAUUCGAAGGGAAAAAAUUGCCCUCCAUCCACCUUGGGCAAUUCCAAGUCAACCACCCUUCGCACUUCCAGUUGCCAGGAGAAGAAGGAAGGAGAGAACCAAGAAAUUGAAAGAUUUCAAAAGUGAUAGAAACAGCAGAAAAAGGCAAAGAGAUUACUCAAUCGCCUUUAAUGCACGCAACAGGAUUAUACCUGCUGUGCUAUUUCCCAUUAUCAAUACUCUUAAAGCAGCUGCCAAAGCAAAGGCUGCAUCAGGUGCUAGCUCUGAAGAAGCAAGCAAUCAUUUAUUGACAAUUAUCAAACAUACAAAGAAAUCUAUAGCCCAGACACUACAAAUGUCACGGAGAAAUUAUAAACAGGAUUAUUCUACGAUGAAAACGGAAUCUGAUAUAAAUAGGUCGCAGGAAAGGAUGAAAAGGGUGAGAAGAAUGCCUAUUUUCAGUCUUGCAAACAUUAGACAAGUCGAGGCGAAGGAAAGGGCGUCCUCACAGAGUUUGCAGGAGAAAAGCACUCCUCCCUCUGUUAUAAAAAUUGAGGAAGGUACCGUGCCUCAAGAUUCUCUGAAAGACAUUCCUGGAGAUGACCACAAGGUGACAUUUGAGAUUAAUCCCAAUUUUUCUUCCAAAGAGACUGCAAUUGAGCCAAUAGCCAUUGUCGGCACUAAUGAAGCUCGAGAAUUUAAAGUUAGGAACAGUAGUGAUGUUUCUGUCUCAAAGGGUCCGCAAGAGUGCGUGGAUCACACUGAGACAGGCUCUUCUAUUUCUCAAAGAACAAACAAAGAUAAGCAAGAUUUGACUAUUGUUUCGGAAAAUCUCAGUCCUCAAGUCAUUUCUGCAGAGAAGGGUAAUACGGUACUGCAGUCAAUGGCGACGAAUAUAUUGACAACAUCAUGCGAAAAAGAGACCACUAAUUCGCAAAAUGUUCAAAAAUCGGAAACUGUUGAACAUAAAUUUUCUUCAGCUUUGAUACCUUCACCAGUAAAAAACGAAUUGGACAAUGAAGUCCAAUCCUUGACAAAACAAUCGUAUAGCGGAGAGCAAGAGGUUCGCAACGUAGUCGAAGUUCUCAUGAAGCGACAGUUUUCUAGGAGUGAUGGAAGUGUUGUAGAUCUUCCACCGAAUUUGCAAAACAUUAUAUCGGCUUCUAUCGGAGAAUUAAUACCUGCUUUUGAAGACGAAAAUCGUUUGGAGGCAACUAUUGAAAGAGAGAAUAAGCGCCCUAGGCGGGGGCCUUCUCAAGUGUUGAACCUCGACGGGCUUGUGCCACCUUCAGCGCAAAAUUUCGUGCCAAAGGUAGAAAGAAAGGAAACAUUCUCUCCAGCUGUGACCAGAUCUAAACCUCUCAAGAAAAAAGGAGAACAGCCAACGUUAAUGUACACAUUCAACAUACCAGAUUAUAGAGGAACGCAAGGAAAACGUUUAAUGCUAUUGAAAAGAGCAAAAAAGCAUCUUACAAAUGAUGAAAUGAAUGCGUUGAAAAAGGAAAUGAACAAAGAGCGUAAAAGGAAGUGGCGAGAAGCCAAUGUGGAGAAAAACUGGGAAAAUGAUCUUCGCUCAAGGCUUAGGAGACGAGCUAACCUUAAGUUCGGGGACAGGGACUCUGAAGACAAGGAAAAAUGGUUUGAAGUUGAACUAGCAAAGAAUCUGGCUGAUAGAGGCAUAAAGAGGUCAAAUGAAACGGAUAUGAAGAAGAACAGUUGCUCGACCAAUUUAAGUGACAAUGAAGUUCUAAACAUGAUUGCUGCAACACUGAAUAAACUAGAGGUGGCUCGUCUGUUGGAACGAGAACUUAACGAUGAAGUCAACAAAAAGACUGAGGGUGAGAGAAAAGACGAAAACAGCGGAGAAGGAAAACAUGCAGCUUUUGAAGCGAAAAAAUCUUUGACUGAAAAAACUACUGAUGAAGAUCUGUCUGUAGCUGAUGAGAAAGAUACUAAUCAAGAAAGAACAGAUGAGUUAUUCGAAGACGGCACACUCAAGAGACCGUAUCCCGAUGAUAUUCCUGUGAUAAUUCCGCUAUCAAAGAGACCAGCAUCUUCUAGCAGUAGUACUGUUUCGUAA